AUGUUCACAUUAGGUAAUGAAGAGAUGUUCGGUUCUUUUAAAAAUUCUUCCCCACAGAUGUAAUCUUCUCGAGAUGAAGCUCGGUUACAAGAGUAAAAUCUGAGUAAUUAAUUCAGUUAAAAUUUAUCUUUGAAUGAAUUACCACCAUAGACUCAAAGAACUAAUCAAACUUAAAGAUCUCAAUACAACACUUCUCAUAAUUAAUCAUAAACUGGGGAAAAUGAUGAAAUAAAGAAAAGAUUGAAAGAACUUUUCAAUUACUACUCUUCUUUUGGUGACAGAUUAAAUGUCAGUAACUUAAAGUCUUCAAAGUUCCAUAAGAUGAUGCAAGAUGCAAAUAUUAGUCAAGGAUUAUAAAAUAAAAUAUUUACAGAUGAACUAAUUUAAAUGAACAAGAAAAAACUUGACUUAAUAUUUUGCUAAGUUAAUAAGCAUAAACCUAAUAUGACGUUUGACUGCUUCCUAUAAUCAUUAACGAAGAUAGCUGAGCAUAAAUUUUAAGAUCUAAACAAAAUUGAUGGGUUGUAGGAGUUGAUAAAUAGUUAUCUAUUACCAUUGGCUGAUAGAGUAUCAGCUUAAAGAACUUACAAUACUAAAGAUUAUCAAUAUGAGUUAGAAUACGAUGAACUUGUUUCCAUUAUGAUUAAAAAUGUUGGCUCAGUCCUUCAGGAAGUGUACAAUGUAUACUUCUUGCAUGAAAUAAAAACUAAUGAUCCUGAGGAUAAAGCAAGAAAAAUCACAGAGAAAAAUCUAUUUGAUUUUCUCAGAGACUUUGAUAUUUGUCCAACAUUGAUUAACAAGGGCCAAGGUUAUCAAAUUUUCCUAAAUACAUAUGAUUCUAAUAUCUAAGUAUAUGAGAAUAUUGGUGUUGAAAUAAUAGAGCAAGGCAAUCAAUAAGUGAAUCAUAAGACAAUGGGAAGAUUUUUCACUUUCUUUAAAUUCAUUGACUUUCUUGUUAAGAUAGCCAAAGCAACCUACAGUGAUUAAACAGAUUAAGCUAAUUAGUUGAUAGAUGCUGAAAUGUUCUGUUUAAUUUUAGAAAGAAUGGAAUUAUCAAAAGGAUUUAUGAAUUUUGAGAAGAAAACAUUUAAACCUCAUACCUCUAAAAUUACUCUAUUACCUUCAAAAUCUGUAAUAAAUUAAAUCUAACUUGCAAAAGCAUCUAUUUAUGGAGAUGAGAGCAAUGAAAUUUAAGCCAUUACUUCAGCAAGAUAUAAACAACUACCUAAAGUAAAUAGUGAGAAUAAAUUCACCUUUGCCAACAAGUAAAGCCUCGAGAAAUAGAUAAAGAAUCAAUAAGCCAAGCAAAAACAAGAGUUAUAUUAAUUAGAGUAAUAAGUUCAGCCAAAGUUACCAACAUUGGCUGAUUAGAUACUCGAAAAAUAUUCAGAUAGACUCUAGAGAAUAUUUCAGUAUUAUUGCUUAUUUGGAGAGCCACUUAAUAAUAGCAAACUAAAGAGUGCUAAAUUUAUAAAAUUACUAAAAGAUUCAAUAAUCCUAGUAAAAGGAGUGCUAACUCCUCCUAAUAAUGGCUCUUACUCAUAAAGAAACUAUGAGACAAAUGGUAUUGAAAGAGGGAUUUCAUAAAUAGAGGCUGAUUUGAUCUUCAAAAAGUUAACGUCAAAUUAAAAGUAUAACAAGGGUCAGUAGUAAUCUUAACAAAAGAGAAUGGAUUUCGAAUAAUUUGUAAGAUCUUUGAUUCUAAUUUCAGCCAAAAUCUACUAGCAUGAAAGCGAGAAUCCCAAAUAAGCAUUUGAUUUCCUAAUGGAAAAUAACAUAAUAUUUUCAGAGUAAAUCAUGUUAAGCAAUGAUAAGGGAUCUCUUAGUAGCUAACAGCAUAUAUCAUAACUAAUGGAAAUUCUAAAGGAUGAGUAUAUGAUCGAAAUAUUAAGUUGUGUUCAUAAAUCUCUGCUACCUUACUAUCAAUAUUAUGCAAAUAACAAGGGCUACAUGAAUUUUGACGGUUUUUCAAAGUUCUGCCAUGAUUUUGGUAUCUUUCCUGAUAUUUUGAACAAAUCAAAGAUAAUGCGAUUCUUUUCAACUCUUUCUUAAUUCUAUCAUAGUACAAAUGGCAGCAAUAAUCAAAAUUCAUCUAGAAUGACCAAUCAAUCAACUAUAAAUGCAGGAGGUGCAUCAUUAACAGAGGCUAGUAACACUAAAGAUGUGAUUGAUGAGCAUCUAUUUGUUGAAGCCUUAGCACUUACAGCUUUAGAGAUAAGCUAUAAGGAUCCUCAGCCAACUGAGGCAGAAAAAGUAAAUUUUUAAGUCAUAAAAAAAAUUUUUAUCAAUAGAUAAUUAUCCUAAUCGAAAGAAUGA